AGCCGGAGUUCUUGUCUUUUCCUGCUGUAAAGAUUGGAAGCUGAAUGCGAUCGGAAUGGGUGCUCUUUUCAGUAGAAUAUUAGGCAGACUUUGGGGUGAGAAGGAAGUACGGAUAUUGAUCCUGGGCCUCGAUGGAGCCGGGAAAACCACCAUUUUAUAUAGACUUCAGAUUGGCGAAGUUAUCUCCACUAUCCCAACUAUUGGAUUCAAUGUUGAAACUGUAACCUACAAAAAUAUCAAGUUUCAAGUGUGGGAUUUAGGUGGACAGACAAGCAUAAGACCUUAUUGGCGAUGCUAUUAUUCCAAUACCGACGCUGUUAUCUAUGUUGUUGACAGUGUGGAUAAAGACCGUAUGCAGACAUCAAAGGAGGAAUUACAUGCAAUGCUGGAAGAAGAGGAGUUGAAGGACGCGGCUUUACUGGUGUUUGCCAAUAAGCAAGAUAUGGAAGGAGCAUUGUCCGAAGUUGAAGUCGCCGAUGCGCUCGGUUUAUCCACAUUCAAGAACAGACAGUAUGCAAUCAAGAAAACAAGUGCCCUCAAAGGAGAAGGUUUGACAGAUGGUUUGGAUUGGCUUGUCAAUAUCAUUCAAGAAAAGAAGCAAUGAUCACGCAAAUCAGUCUAGUAGCAGAUACAGCUGUCAGCUCAUUGUAAUUGUAGAUUUAUUCUUUUUUAUAUCUCUUUUUUUUCCUCCCUUUGAACCCUUUUAUGCUUACGAUAACAACAACACACUACUACUCAUUUCUCUCUUGUCGCUUUUGCGUCCUUUAUUAUCCUUGUUUCUUUGUUUCCCGUGCUCUCGAGGAAAUAAAUACACUGACAGGUGGGCUUCAUCGCGCGACAAUCCUGAUGCAAUGUUCGAUAGAAUCGACAAAUGAACCGUCACACGCUCACCACAAGUUGCGCAGUAAUUUUUUUUUCCCAGACAUCUAAACCAACGUCAUGCCUUGUUGAUGGAGCUCGAUAGUGCGAUUCUUUAUUUGCUGCUUUUUAAAUUUUGGUUUGAAAUUAGGCAGUAAGCCAAUCAUAGCUCUUGGAAAAUUCGAAUUAUGUCAACGGUUUUUUUUGACAUUGAAAUUCCCUUUAUAACCUAGUUGAUAU